GAGCGGCCUUGUUUCUCCGUCAUAUGUCACAGGUUUCUCAAAAAUCCUGCGAUCACUGGAUAACCUGCUGAUUCAUUGAAGUCAGCCGUUUACGGGAUGUCCUAGGACUAAAAUGCCGUCUACGUGAACCCUUAGAUCAGCAUGGUGGAGUUGGAAGGUGUGAAUCACAACGGCGAUUUUAGGUGCUUCCUCGUCGCAGUAUAAAUGAGCGGACCGUCUAUAUCGUGGUCCAUCAGUUUGAAGCCUAGUGCCAACGAAAGAACUCGUUUUUGGAACAAAAAGGUGUGCACGCUAUUGUUGAGUGAUAGAAAGAACGAUUCUAUAACAGUUCAAGUGUUUUGCUCGUCGAAAAAGUCGAUAAAACGAUAAUGGAUUUCUACUAUCGCAAAGUGAUGAUCGUGGCUGCUCUCGUUCUGGUAAGCAGUGCGUUCGUGAAAACCACAGAAGCUGCUCCAACACCCACCAGAGAGUACAACCCACUGGCCGUACUUCCGCUACUGAAAUUGGAAAAUUCGCUUCCCCAAACACUACCGAAAACGAGCACUACCGAAGCAGAGCCGUUGAGCCGGAGUAAGCGAGAAAUUAUCUUCCGACCACUGUUUGUAUACCGUCACCAGCAGAUCAAGCACAACCUGGCCAAUGCGAAAUACCAAAUGAUUCCGAAUAAGAUCGACUACGACUACUACCAAGGACAAUAUUUUUAGGCAGCGCUGUUCCGUUCCGCUUUUUUGGCAAAUCAACGGUGCGCGAAGAUAGCAAGAAAUGUGAUAAUAAUUUGCGAAUUGAGAUCCUACUACCUCUAUCCUUAUGAUUGAAUUAUGUCUCCCAUCGGUGCCAGUAUCGCACAACUAUUUGUUUGCUAAUAAAUCCUGCUACGUGUUUUCGUAAAAUUCGCUCGCUUCAAAAAUAGCAUUAAUUGGUAGAUGUUCGAGAAUGAGCUGGGAGUGGGGUGCAUCUUCUGGAAGAUACAUCGGAUCGAUUGGCGUCAAGUGUUUCGCU